UGUGCACGGGCUCAGAGAGGGACCCUGAGAAGCUGCUUUCCAGCAGCCUGCGUGCAGGUCGGGGAGAUGACACAAGAGAACUCCAUUCUGCUUCACUUGCAGAGUUUACAGCUGCCCUUUCCCGACACCUGGAAGUAUGGGAUUUUGGCAUUAGCCAUCCUCCUGGUUUUGGUGGCUCUAACCAUUUUAACCUGCCAAAUGUGCCAAUGCCAGAAACUGAGAAAAUUUGGGAGAAAGAAGAAAUACCUUAGUGAAGCCUGUAAGGACACAAAGGCGGAGAAUGGCAUCCUGGGGGAUAAACUGCGACCAGCUCUCCUUGACAUUGCUAAGCAGAGCCUUCCUGAUGUCAAGAUCCAGAAACUCCAAGAGGAACUGGACAAGCUGGGUACCUGCCUUUCCCCCUCCUGCACCAGCACCAAGAACCUGGAGAGUGUGGGCAGCAACGCAGACUUCCUGGAGAGCUCCCGGGGCAGGCUGAGAUUCUCCCUCUUCUACCACAGGGACCGACUUGAGCUGCUCUUGACGGUCAUUGCAGUGACAGGCCUGCCUAGCCGAGGGAGCGCUGACUCUGCUGUUCGGGUCCGGCUGCUGAAGCAGGUCCCAUCUCACAUCUCUGGCCUCCAGUGCAUGGUCCAUGAGUGGCAAACACAGGCGGUGAAGAACUGCAGGAAACCUGCCUUUGGGGACCAGUUUGUCUGCUCCCUGCAGGAGGCCGAGCUGGAGAAGAGCACUGUGAAGUUGGAGUUCCAAAUGAGGUGUGUGGGUUCGCCUCUGCUGCUGCCUAAUUAUGUACUUCCAGUUCCAAAUGAGGUUAAACAUUACAACAAGUAUUCCAGACACACCAUGCUGGGGGAAGUGAGGGUCACCCUCAGCAAACUAAAGGCCUCCCAACGUAUGGAGUUCUGCGAGGAGCUACAGAAGACUACAAAGGACCUUGUUGGAGAAGUCCUUGUGUCGCUGAAGUGUCUUCCCAUCUCUCAGAAGAUAGAAAUUGGGCUGCUCAAAGUCAAAACUGCCUCCGUGUGCAGCAGUCCAGAGAAGAGUGUGUAUGCGAGAAUAGACAUCUCCUGCCAUCUCCACAAACAGAAGCAUCAGAAAUCCAGCCCCAGGGCCCGAACCUCAGUCAUCAUCUUCAACGAGACUUUCCUCUUCCAUCUUGCUGAGCCUGUUGCUGGGGCCUGCACAGUCCUGGUCUCCGUUUAUGAAAUGAGCUCCAGGGCCAGAGGCAGCAGCAGGCAGCUCAUUGGACAGGCUGUCCUGGGGAAGAGGAGCCCCAGAGAAGCCAAUGACCACUGGGCCCUCAUGAUGCAGUCUGUCCAGCAGCCUGUGGCUAAGUGGCAUCCUCUGCUACUUUAGAAGGAGGAUUUUGCACCACUUCCAUGAUGUAGAAACUGGCCAGAUUUUCUCCAUGGCAUAGCCUGAAGUUCCUGGUUAGAACAGCACUAACCGAAGUAGCUGCUAGUUGUGACAAAAGUUGCUGAUUCAUUCUCCCUCCCAGCAGCAGCAAGGGAAUGUCUUUCCAUCCCUGCCAAGUCCCAUUGUGAUUUGAUUAACAGUACUAUUGCCGCAGCACCGAGAGGCUGCAACUGAGACCAGGGCCCCACUGCACUAGGUGCUGUGUAUACACACAGACAGUCAGUAAGAGAACAACUCUGCCCUGAUGAGUUUACAAUCUGAACAGACAAGGGAAGCAAUGGGUGGGAGGACAGGAGUAUUAUUAUCCCCCUUUGACAGAUGGGGAAUUGAGGCACAAAGAUUAAGUGACAUGUCCAAGGGUUCACAGGGACUCUGUGACAGAGUGGGGAUUUGAACCCAACAUCUCCUGAGUCCCAGUCCAGUGCCUCAAGCAUCCUUCCUCUCCUUUCCCUUUCUUUGCCUGGGAGAGUCUCAGAUGUGGCACUUUCCCAGUGAAGGCACCCAGGCCUUGCCACCACUGCCUCCCUUCACUCACACGCACAUAGAGUGCCUAUGGGGAUGGAUGAAUACAAGACCUCGGCAUCCCAGGCUGUCAGUCAGGCACUUUCCUUCAGUGAUACCCCCAUGUUAAAAACAAACAUGCUUUGUGUAAAUGAAGCCCCCUCUCACCUGCUAAAGAUAAAUGAAACAGCCCAGACCUUGUAAACGAGAGCAGAGCCUGCUGAAGUAGGAGCAACCUGCACACUUUGCCCUUGCUGCCCUCUCAGGAAAGGUCUGGCCCCUGUGGCCACCACCACAGCUGGAGAGCUGCCAGCUGCUAAAUUUGGAUGAAUGGUUGUGAUCCAUCUCCAGCAAAUGUGUGUGUGUGUGUGUGUGUGUUCAGGGCUCUCCUGAAGUGGCUAGGAGGCAUGGUAGUGCAUCUAAAGCUCAUUAAUGCUUGUAAACUGUUUUCUUCCCAGGAUAUCACCAUUUCCCUGCACCGCAUGUAGGGGUGGACAGUGGCCACUGCUCUGGGACUUCAGGCUUCUGCUUUGUUUAGUCUCCCAGCACACAGCACCCCCUGGUGGAGGCAUGGCAGCACAAUCUCACCUUGUCUGGCUGUAGAAACAGAUCAGACCCCAUAUCCACCUAGUCCUGUAUCCAGUCUCUGACAGUGGCCAGCACCAGCUAUUUCAGUGGAAGCUAUAAGAACCCUGCAGUGAAUAGAUGUGGGAGAAUCUGAUCCCCACAUUAGGUCUCACCUGGAUCUCUGUCAGUUAGAGAAUGGUUUAAGCCCUGAUGCACGAGGCUCCAUAGCCUUUCCUAAAUUUGUCAUAAUUAAUUAUAAGAAUUUUGGAUAUUCUUGAUACCCAUAAACAUGUUUUAUCCCUUUUUGAAUCUU